AUGGCCGAAGUCGGCGAGGACAGCGGGGCCCGCGCCCUCCUGGCGCUGCGCUCGGCGCCCUGCAGCCCCGCGCGCUGCGCCGCGGCCGCCGCCUUCCCCGCCGCGCCCGGCGCGCCCGCCCCGUCGCCGCCGCCGCCCGCGCAGCCGCCGCCCGGCGCGGUGGCGGGGGGCGCGGGGCCCGCGGGGGCCGCGGGGGCCGCGGCGGGCGAGGCCCUGGUGGCCGCGGCGGCCGCGUCGGUGCGCCGGAGCCCCGGGCCCGCGCUGGCGCGCCUCGAGGGCCGCGAGUUCGAGUUCCUCAUGCGCCAGCCCAGCGUCACCAUCGGCCGCAACUCGUCGCAGGGCUCGGUGGACCUGAGCAUGGGCCUGUCGAGCUUCAUCUCGCGGCGCCACCUGCAGCUCAGCUUCCAGGAGCCUCACUUCUACCUGCGCUGCCUGGGCAAGAACGGCGUGUUCGUGGACGGCGCCUUCCAGCGGCGCGGCGCGCCCGCACUGCGCCUCCCCAAACAGUGCACUUUCCGCUUCCCCAGCACGGCCAUCAAGGUCCAGUUCACAUCGCUGCUGCCCCAGGAGGAGGCCCCCGUGUCCCCAUUGCGCCCGCUGUACCCGCACAUCUCCCCGCUGAAGAUCCACAUCCCGGAGCCGGACCUCCGGAGCCUCGUCAGCCCCGUCCCGUCCCCAACCGGCACCAUCAGUGUUCCCAACUCCUGCCCGGCCAGUCCCCGUGGGGCAGGCUCCUCCGGCUACCGCUUUGUGCAGAACGUGACCUCAGACCUGCAGCUGGCCGCCGAGUUUGCUGCCAAGGCCGCGUCGGAGCAGCAGGCUGAUGCGUCGGGGGGAGACAGCCCCAAGGACGAGUCGAAGCCGCCCUACUCGUACGCGCAGCUCAUCGUACAGGCCAUCUCAUCGGCGCAGGAGCGGCAGCUGACGCUCAGCGGCAUCUACGCGCACAUCACCAAGCAUUACCCCUACUACCGCACGGCAGACAAAGGCUGGCAGAAUUCCAUCCGGCACAACCUGUCCCUGAACCGCUAUUUCAUCAAAGUGCCGCGCUCGCAGGAGGAGCCGGGUAAGGGCUCCUUCUGGAGGAUCGACCCCGCCUCCGAGGCCAAGCUGGUGGAACAGGCCUUCCGGAAACGCAGGCAGCGGGGCGUCUCCUGCUUCCGCACCCCCUUCGGGCCGCUGUCCUCAAGGAGCGCGCCUGCAUCCCCCACGCACCCCGGGCUGGUGUCCCCGCGCUCCAGCGGCCUGCAGACGCCCGAGUGCCUGUCUCGAGAGGGCUCCCCCAUUCCACAUGACCCCGACUUCGGGUCCAAGUUAGCUUCAGUUCCUGAGUACCGCUACUCCCAGAGCGCGCCCGGCUCUCCCGUCAGCGCCCAGCCUGUGAUCAUGGCUGUGCCACCCCGCCCGCCUAGCCUGGUGGCCAAGCCCGUGGCCUACAUGCCAGCGUCAGUGGUGACAGCUCCGCCAGCCCCCGGCCAUGCCAUCCACGUGCUGCAGCAGGCCCCCCCGGUGACCAUGCUGAGGGUGGUGACCAGCUCGGCCAACUCCGCCAAUGGCUACAUCCUCGCUAGCCAGGCCCCGCCAGGAGCUGCUCACGAAGCUGCGGGCACAGCUGUGCUGGAUCUGGGCAGCGAGGGCAGGGGCCUGGAGGAUAAACCCACCAUCGCCUUCGCCACCAUCCCCGCCACCAGCCGGGUCAUCCAGACGGUGGCCAGCCAGAUGGCACCAGGAGUCCCCGGCCACACGGUCACCAUCCUGCAGCCGGCCACCCCCGUGAACCUGGGCCAGCACCCGCUCCCGGUGCGGGCCGUGACACAGAACGGGAAGCACGGGGUCCCUGCCAGCAGCGUGGGCAGCAGCACUUACGCCCUCACCAGUCCCCUGCAGCUCCUUGCAGCCCAGGCCAGUUCGUCCACACCCGUGGUGGUCACGCGCGUGUGUGAGGUGGGGCCUGAGGAGCCCGCAGCAGCCGCCCCGACCACUGCUGUCAGCGCCGCUGCUGCCUCUCCCAGCGAGGAGCCCGAGGUGAAGCGGCCACGUGUGGAGGCGCCCAGCGGAACGGCACCCUUGCAGGCUGCAGCGGUCACGGCAGGCAGCCCGCAGGCACCGGGCUCCAGGGAGUGACGUCUGCGGGCGUCGGGGACCCGCGCCCCGGCGCUCCCCACCCUGGCGCCGGCCACCCUCCUCAUCCUCUUGCAUCCGCUGCGCUCCGAACGGAACCAUAAACGAGUUCAGGCGCUGGUUACACACGUCUGGGAACCCCCUGCCACUGCCCUCCCAGCCGGCCGCCUCCUCCAGGAACAUGCCGGACACGGAUGGACAAGACACGGGCAGUGGGCAGCCUUGUCGGCCAAUGGUGGUGUCCUGAGCUAUUUCUAAGGGCCACUGAGGAGCCGCCAGCAUUCAUGGGGCGUCCCGUUCCUCUGGGCUCCCCAAGUGUGUCCAGGUUUGAUCUGGACUUGGGGCUGGGCCAUUGACAGGGCCCCAUCCAGGCUGGGCGUCGCCGACAGCCUGCCGCUCUCUCUGUUAACUUCAAGGAAGGUCGAGGGCUCGGGCAGGGGAGGACCCAGGGUCUGAGUCGCCGCGCGAUGGGACUAUCUGGGCGGCUCCGGUGACCGGGUUAGCCCGGGCCCUCCUGGCCAGACCCUUCUCUGCCAGGAGGGUCUCAGGACGGUUACUCAGUCAGCCCCUGCCCCCACCUUGGGGCUCCUGGGUCAGGUGGGCAGCGACUGUCCCCUAGGCUCACGGCUGCCUAUGUGGCGCUGAAUUCUGAGAGGAAAGAGCCUCCUUCCACCGGGUGGGGGCAGGUGGGCGUGGGGGCUCCUUUCUGAGCAGCCUGGCUUUGUGGGGGCAGAUGGGGUGAGCAGGGCUGCGCCUGGGCUUGGGCAUGCCUGGGGGCCUCCAGGCCUUUCCCAUCUUUGUUCUUCUUCCCUGGGGCUGGGGGGGUUUGUGAAGGGCUGCAGGAAGCUGGCCGGGGGUUGGGGGCAGCUGGCAGGCGUCCCAAAAGCACCUCUGUCCACCGCUCCUGCAUUCUCUCAUGGCUAUUGUGGGGGUGCAGGGUCCUGGCAACUGGGCCCCUUAGGGAAGGUCGGGGCCAGACCACCCAUGGCGCCAGCCCUCCCAGAAGGGUCUGCACCACGGGGAGUGGGAGGGGUCAUUCCAGGAGCCUCGGGACCCUGGCAGCCUGCUCGCCCAGUGACCCAGUGUCUGGGGACACUGUGCUGUGCCCUUUGAGCCGCCAGAUGUGUGCCCAGUUUGAGUUCGGCCCGGUCUCCUGGGCGAGGCGGGCGGCAGAUUCUCAUCCUCCCAGGCUGAGCACUGAGAAAGGGGAGAGGGGCAGGAGAGGGCCUCGAGUCACUCUUAGGAGGGGUUGGGGUACCCCGAAGGUCUCAGAAGGGUGCCCCAGAGGUCUCAGGAGGGGUUGGGGUGCCAGGAGGGUUGGGGUGCCCAGGGUGUGUCAGGAGGGAUCAGGGUGCCCUGGGAGUCUCAGGAGGGGUUGGGGGUGCCCUAAGGGUGUCAAGAGGGGUCAGGAGUGCCCGGGGGGGUGUCAGGAGAAGUCGGGGUACCCUGGGGGUGUCAGGAGGGGUUGGGGUGUCCCAGGAGCAGAAGGGAUGGAGUUAGGGUACGAGAGGAUAGGAUCCCCAGAUGCCGGGUGGGACAGCCCAAAGCCAUCUGUGUGGAGUUCCCUGUCCCAAGCAGGAGCCUCGUGCCCAGGCAGCCGUGCCCCGCCCCUACCCCCGUCCUGGCCCUCUGUGGAGACCAGCCCCGUGGCCCCAUGAGGCCGCUCCUUGGAGCAAUGUUAUUUAAUGAGAAAAUGUAAGUUAUUCACACGUGCUGCUAGGAUGGGCCUGCGGGACACCGUGUGCCACGCCAGGGCAGGAGGAGGCCUUGGCCCACUGCCCACCACACCCCAAGCACCCACUGCACCCAGUCCUGUCCAUCCACCUGUUCCCUUGGGGUGGGGGUGGGCCGGGAUGGGGCCAGUUGGGUCUCAGCUGCUGUCGCCUGGGUCCUGUAGGAGCUGCUGCUGACAGUGGAACUGGGUCACACAGGGCCCUUCCCACAGGACUUGCUCCCCUCUUGGUGGAAACGAGGGAGAAAGGGGGUCCCCCUCCCCUGUGUGAGGCGCGGGACGAUUCCGCUGGCCCACAUGGAACAGACUGGAGGGUGCACGGGGCUGCCACUGCCCCCAGCCCUGCGGAUGCCAGAGUACCAGCCUUGAGCGGGCCGCUGCCCAGCCUGAGGCUGGCUUGUCCUCGAAAUGGUGGCCAGUUCUCAGGGACAUGCUCAGGGGGUCCUCACCACCUCUCAUGCAUCCGCUGCUGCCUGCACCCCGAGCGUCUGCCCUUCCCUCCGUGCGUGUGGGGGCGAGGCCAUGCGGGGCCCCUGCACCUCCUAUCCCAGUGGGCCUGUUUUGCUUCAUGCUUCAGAAGAUGAGGGUGGCUCCUGGUCAUUGUUUGCCUCCCAAUGUCCUGGCACCACCAGGGAAAGUUGAAAUGUUGGGGUCUGUGAAGGUGCCUCUGAACACGGGGACCUGGCAGGUGCUGUUGGCUCGGCCCCCCCAUCCCAGGACCCAGGGACAACACCUCCAGGUGUGGGUCGUGGCCAGAGCUCAGCCUUCUGUCCCCACUUGGCCGAGUCAGAAUCGGACGGACAGGUCUGGGCUGCCCUGUGAGAGGGCCCAGGGCCCGUCUGAGCCGGUAGAAAAGCCAGGAUGGGCCGUGGCGUGUGCCGGGCUGGCAGGCCGGUGGCUCCCUGACGUUUGUGGCUCCCAGCAGUGCAGGCAGCUGUGGCCUCUGAGCUGGACUUGGUGCUGGGCCGCGGUCCUGCAGCCUCUCCUGGGUGGGGUGCCCAGGGCUUGGGGCUCCACAGGGGCGCGGGUCUGUCCUAAAGUAUUCUUCACAUUAGUCACCUGUGCUUGAAAAGCAGCGGUAUCCUUAGAGAGGAGGGCGGGCCGGGGCGACACCCCCAGCUCUCCGCCGGCCUGUGCUUUCAUUUCAAAUGGGAUACAGUAUUUUUUUAAUAAGGAGCCAUACUUUUUUUUUAAUUUUGAGAUCUGAAUGUGAUUUCUAAUUGUAUCAGACGUUAAUGUUUUAAAGCUAUAACAAAGUUUAAAAUUUCUACCUUUUGUUUUUCAUUUAACUGUUCUUUUUAUCUAUUAAAUUGUUGUAUGUGGAGGGGAAGCUGUUUCUCCGCUUAGCAUUUGUUUCUAUAACCAGAAAUAAAAUUAUAUAUUAAAGAA